AUGUUACUUAUUAGCUGCAUAUUUCUUGCACUAGCGCAGCACUGGCUUCUUGUUGCCGGUCAAGCUCAAGCUGCUCUAAGUCCCCCGAGUCACUCUCAUCCGCACCCCCACCACUCGCUGCUUGGAGACAGGGCCGCUCUUCUGGAAUUCAAGAAGACGAUCAGAUCCAACCCGAACUCCAUGCUUGGUAACUGGAACGAAACAGUUGAUGUCUGCAGCUUCACUGGAGUCAUCUGCAAUGCACAGCGUCACCGGGUGGCGUAUCUCAUCUUAGAAGGCCAAGGCCUAGCGGGGCGGCUCUCGCCUUUUCUAUCGAAUCUUACGGGCCUUCGGAACUUGAGCCUUGCAAACAAUCACUUUUUCGGGACGAUUCCUCCCGAGCUUUCGUCCCUUCGACGCCUUUGCGUGCUCCUCCUCCAAGGAAACAAUCUAGGGGGUCCUGUACCGCAUUCAUUUGCUCUUUUAACCAAUCUUCGUACGCUUUUUCUAUGGGAUAACAAGUUGACAGGUACACUUCCAGUCUCUCUCUUUGCUAACUGCACCAAAUUGGAUAAUAUAGACCUCUCAACGAACUCCCUCUAUGGAGAGAUCCCACUAGAGAUUGGAAAUUGUCGUAAUCUCUAUAGCCUUAGUCUGUACAACAAUCAAUUCACGGGCCAUUUACCCAUCUCUCUAAGAAAUGCUUCGCAAAUGUUCAACAUCGAUGUAGAAAGUAACAAUCUUGAAGGCCCGCUCCCUUCAGAUAUUGUGGAGAGGCUUCCUUUACUCAAGUAUCUUCAUCUUUCAUACAAUAAAAUGCAAAGUCACGAAGACAACACCAAUCUUGACAUUUUCUUCACAUCCUUAGCAAACUGCACCCGUCUGCUCGACAUCGAACUGGAAAGCAUGGACCUAGGAGGGAGCUUGACAAAUUCCAUUGGCCAACUUAGUGUUACCUUAAAAAACUUGUUACUUGAAGAGAAUCAAAUUUUUGGACCAAUUCCCCCGGCCGUGGGCAGAUUUUCCAAGCUUUUAUUGUUGAACCUAUCUUCGAAUCUCCUCAACGGAUCGAUCCCGGAAGAGAUUAAGGGGUUGUUGAGUCUGGAUCGGCUCUACUUAUCUCGCAACUCGUUCAGAGGCAAAAUUCCGACCGUAUUAAGCCAGCUUCCGCGUUUGGGUCUUCUUGAUCUGUCUUAUAACGAAUUCUUUGGGGAAAUCCCGGCAAGUCUGGCGAAUAUGGUUGAAAUGAGGUCACUUUUUCUCAACAACAAUCUCCUUUCAGGAAAUGUACCGCCGUCACUGGGAAGAUUGUCCCAAUUGUUCCAGCUAGAUUUGUCGCAUAAUCAACUAUCGGGAAGAAUUCCGCCAGAGCUGUUGCUGGGCAUUAAUGAGAUCAGAAUGUAUUUAGGUCUGUCUCACAACAAUCUUGAAGGCCCUCUACCAAUUGAGCUCAGCAAGCUGGAAAAGUUACAAGCCAUGGACCUCUCCUCGAACAACUUCAGCGGAAGUAUCUUCUAUCAGAUAUUGAGCUGCAUUGAACUGAAAGAGAUAAAUUUAUCGAACAACUCGCUCGAAGGGCACCUUCCAGAUUCCUUGGGCGAUCUGAAGAACCUCGAGUCCUUCGACGUUUCUUGGAACCGGCUCUCCGGGCCCAUCACUGCGAGCCUGAACAAGAUCGAGACUCUGAGAUUUCUUAAUCUCUCAUACAACAACUUCCAAGGCAUGAUCCCAUCAGGAGGCAUUUUCAAAUCUGUCACUUCUCUCUCGUUCUUGGGGAAUGAGUGCCUGUGCGGCACGAUUCUAGGCAUACCUGCUUGCUCUGGAAAGAAAACUUGGUUCCGGUCACGCACUUUCUUGAUCAUUUUCAUCGUGGUCAUAUUUGCAUCAUCAUGCCUGUCGACUAUUUGCUGCGUGAUUGGAUACCGGCGCUUCAAGAUCAUAACUUCUUCUGGGAAGACUGAAUCGAUAAGCACGCCAAAGACACCAGAUCCGGUGUGCAAUUUUCCAAGAAUCACGUACAAAGAACUGGCAGAUGCCACUGGUGGAUUUGAUGACCAGAGCCUGGUCGGAUCGGGCAGUUAUGGACGUGUAUACAAGGGAGUUCUUCCCGAUGGAACGGUCAUAGCAGUGAAGGUGUUGCAUGUCCAAUCCGGAAAUUCCACCAAGAGUUUUAACAGGGAAUGCCAAGUGCUAAAGAGGAUCCGGCACCGGAACCUGAUAAGGAUAAUAACUGCUUGCAGCCUCCCGGAAUUCAAGGCUAUCGUCCUUCCUUAUAUGGCAAAUGGGAACCUCGAUAGCCAUCUCUAUCUUCCUUCAGGAACGGGCUUGAUCUCAAGAUCUUCUGAUUUGACCCUCAUCCAGAGGAUUAAUAUCUGUAGCGACGUAGCCGAAGGAAUGGCUUAUUUGCAUCACCAUUCCCCAGUUCGAGUCGUACACUGCGACCUGAAACCGAGCAAUGUUCUUCUCAAUGAUGACAUGACUGCAUUGGUUUCUGAUUUCGGAAUAGCGAGGCUGAUUAUGUCGUCCGGAGGUGGAAAUGCAGCGCUUGUCGAGAACAUGGGAAAUUCCACGGCAAAUUUGCUAUGUGGAUCUAUCGGAUACAUUGCCCCAGAGUACGGAUUUGGGUCGAACACAUCUACGAAGGGAGAUGUUUACAGCUUUGGCAUUCUGGUCCUCGAGAUGGUGACUAGAAGGAGACCGACCGAUGAUAUGUUCGCCGGGGGACUGAACUUGCACAAAUGGGUCAAGAGCCAUUACCAUGGGAGGGCUGAAAUGAUCAUAGACUCCUCAUUGUUAAGAGCUUCAAGAGACCAAUCUCCUGAAGUGCAGAAGAUGUGGGAGGUCGCCAUUGCAGAGCUCAUAGAGUUGGGCAUCCUUUGCACGCAGGAUUCGCCGUCCACGAGGCCAACAAUGCUCGAUGCCGCCGAUGACUUGGAUCGACUCAAGAGAUACCUCAGUGGAGACACUACUGCAACUUUCGCAUCUUCACUUGGAAUUUCUUCGUCCACUUUUGGGACUGAUGAUUAAAUGUCAUGUCCAAUUGUACAAUCGAAUUAUAAUUCCAUCCAACUCAUUCCUGUGUAAACACGUCAGUGAUUUUUUGUUUUUGGGCAAAAACAAGUUUGAAGUUUCAAUU